AUGAACAUGACCAGCACCCCGGGAGUGCCGCUGUACCUCCUCCAGUCCCUGCCCCCUCCCGGAAGUGCACCCCUGUGCCUCCUCCAGUCCCCUACCCUCUCCCGGAAGUGCCCCCACGCGUCCUCCAGUCCCUGCCCCCUCUCGGAAUCCCUGCCCCCUCCCGGAAGUGCCCCUCCAUGCAUCCUCCAGUCCCCUGCCCCCUCCUCCAGGGUAACCUCGGCUGGCAGGAGGCGGAGGGGAGCCUCAACGCCGCGGAGGGUUGAAGCCGGAGGCCUCGGAGAGGAGGUGACUGAGGCGGACGACGGGCGUCCCACGGUACAUCGGUCAGCUGUGGCCGUGCGACAAACCACCCGGAACCUCAGCGGCACCGAACAAGAAGCAUUGGUUUCUUACGGCCCACCGGGCUUCAGCAAGAUCGAGGUUGGACCUGGCAGAUCUUGGCUUCCCCCUGAGGGCCGGGCCCGGGUCUGCCCCAUGCGUCCCUCUCGCUCUCUUUGGACGCGGCUACCCAAGGCGUGUUGUCCCAGUGAUGGCAGAAGGGCCGCUGGGAAAGCCUCGUGGGCAGGCACAUUCGAAGGUGCUCAUGGCGUGGUCGCCAGCAUCCCUCUGGCCAAAGCAAGUCACGUGGCCAUGUUGGACACCGACAGGUCGCAGAAAGGGAAGUGUGCAUCACCUUGGAGGAGACGGGCAGGGAGAGAAUGUUUUUUGCCCAAUAAUCUCAUCUGGUACAUUCUAUAAACUUUAAAAAUAUUUUUAAAAGUUUGUUUAUUUUGAGAGAGAGAGAGAGAGAGAGCGAGUGGGGAAGGGGCAGAGAGAGAGAAGGAGAGAGAGAGAAUCCCAAGCAGGCGCCGCACCAUCAGCACAGAGCCCGACACGGGGCUCGAACUCAUGAACCGUGAGAUCGUGACCUGAGCCAAAGUCAGACACUUAACUGACUGAGCCACCCAGGCGCCCCUUUUCUAUAAACUUUUGAACCAAAGAAGGCAUUUUCUUUUCCCCCUCCAAAACUCGAAAAUGACUGGUUGGGAUCAUGGCGUUCAGCAAAUCUUUCUGGAAAAUCAUCUUGGGGUCUUAGUCUGUACCUGGAGUGUCAUCGAGUGACCCUGUGGCUGCUGCCUCUUAUCACAGCCCGCCUGGCCCCAGCUUGCCUCUGCUCUCACUGCCUCCCCUGCGGGCCUGACCCGGACGAUGGACCUCAUUCAUCCCCGACACAAGUUGUUAAGAGAGAAAGAGAGACUUAAAAAAAAAGCCGCUGGGGUUCGAAUGCGGAUCCUGCCACUUAGAGGCCACGUGGCCUGGAGAAUGUUCUUUAGCCUCUUUAAGCCUUGGGCUCACUGUGCAUGAAAUGGGCAUGACAUUGGAACUUU